AUGCCUUAUGUAUAUACAAUUUUUUCAAAUUUUAAGUUAACUUUUUUAAACUAUAGUUUUACCAUCAUCAUGUCCGCGAAAACUGUGCUGAAGGAGGGCUCCACAGAGCUGGAGCACAUCUGCGAGCUGGACAUCUCGCAGCAGGCCACCCACCAACGCCUGGUGUCCUUGAUCGCGACCAUAUCCCUAAGUUCGCGCAACGCGGACGUCAUAUACAGCAUGAUAAUGAGGGGCGUGAACAUCUUUCGGCUGAACUUCUCCCACGAAUCGCACGAGAUGCACUCGAAGACGAUCGAGCUGAUCAACGAGGCGCUGGAGAGGAUUCACAAGGAGACGGGUCAGAUCCGAACGGUGGCCAUUGCGGCGGACACGCGAGGACCUCAGAUCCGCACUGGCCUGCUGGAUGGCGAGGUGUUCCUGCGCACCGGCGACAAUCUGCGGCUCUCGAUCAACCGGGAUCUUUACGACAAGGGCAAUAAGGAGGCGGUCUACGUGGACUAUCCGAACAUCAUCAAUCUGACCAAGACCGGCGAUCGACUCUUCAUCGACGACGGCAAACUGCUGCUCCACAUCAUGGAGGUGGGCGUGGACGGGCUGCUGUGCGAGGUCAUCCAGGGUGGGCAGCUGAACAACAACUGCAACGUGAUCCUGCCGGAAAUCGAGAUCGAUCUGCCGGCCGUGUCCGAGAAGGACAUGUUCGACCUGCAGUUCAGCAUGAAGGCCAAUGUGGACUUCCUCUUUGCCUCGGCGGUGCGCAGUGCCAAGAAUGUAAAGGAGCUGCGGGCGGUGCUCGGCGAGAAGGGCAAGCACAUCAAGAUCAUCGCCAAGAUGGACAGCAAGAUUGCGCUGAGCCGCUUCUCGGAGAUAAUGAAGGCGGCCGACGGACUGUUGCUAUCCCGAGCGGACCUGGGCACCCAGAUACCCAUCGAGAAGCUGUUCAUCACCCAGAAGAGCAUCUUGGGGCAGUGCAACAAGGCCGGCAAGCCGGUGAUAGUGGCCUCGCACAUCCUGGAGUCCAUGCGCACCCGGCAACAUCCCACGCGAGCCGAGUGCUUCGAUCUGGCCAAUGCCAUUAUCGAUGGAGCGGAUUGUAUAAUGCUCUCCUCUGAGGUGGCCAUUGGUGCCUUUCCCAAGGAGACGGUGGCCACCUGCGACAUUUUGUGUCGGGAGGCCGAGAAGGUCCUGUGGUUCCGGGAUCUCUUCUCCGAUCUGGUCAGCGAGGUGCGUGGCGAGCUGGAUGCGGCCCACUCCUUGGCUAUUGCCGCCGUGGAGACGGCCAAGCGGACGAAUGCCACGCUGAUCGUGGUCCUGACCACCUCAGGUCGUUCGGCCACCCUGGUCAGCAAGUUCCGGCCAAGGUGUCCGAUCCUGGCGGUAACCCGUUGCGGGAGGGCCGCUCGCUGGGUCUACAUGCACCGCGGAGUCCUGCCCGUCCUGUACACCUCGGAGAUGAUAUCCGAUUACGCCAGCGAUGUGGAUGCCCGGGUCCAGUUUGCCCUGACCUCCGCCAAAAAGUGGAACAUCAUCGACGACGGCGAUCCCAUAGUGAUCGUGAGUGCCUGGAAGGACGGCGGCGGCUUCACCAACAAUGUGCGCGUGGUCUACGCCUUUUUCGAGGCGGACCGAGUGGACUGCCUUUUCCGGGCGGACAGGCGAAAAUCCCGCAAGAACAGCAACCUUCAGAUGGCAAACCGAGAGCCAGAAGAUAAGAAAAGUUUCCACGCGUGAAGUCACAUCUGUGAUCCGGAGAAACUAUACUUUCCACGGGAAGAUUUUGAUUAUUAAAUGUGUUUUUAAAUAAAAUAUUUAGGCCAAUAAAAACAGAAAUAAAAAAAUGAA